CUCCGGACGACUUCCGACGGUGCACCAGUCAUGCUGAAUGACAGAAGAAGGGGGUGUGUGCGUUCAGCUGCUGGGAUCCGUCAGGUCUUGGGCAGCCCUCUCCCGCUCUACCCUUCUGUACCAUGACUCAUCGGCCAUGGACCACAUCACCUUCCACCACGACACCGUGCUGUCCGAUGUCCACAUGCUGCUGCCCAACGCGCGCCACCUGAUGACCCGGCUCACCGCCGUGGGACAGCCGGUGUUCAUCUCGAAGUUCAAGAUCCUGUCAGAUGGGGAAAAGCACGGCAGCGACGUCCCGGGGCGGAGCUCAAAAGAGGCGGAGGGAUAUGAGCAACCAAGAGAAGACGGAGAACAAGACACAAAAGGCCCACAAGGAACUGCUGGAGAGGACGGAGAGGAAGGGGAGGAAGGAGAGGACUGCAGGGACGGGAAGGUAGAAGCCUUUUUGGAUGAGGACGGAGACCUGGACAUCACACAUCGGCCCAGGGAAACCCCUAAGGAGACUAGUGGCCGAGACUUGGUCCGUCCCAUCAUUCUCCAACAGUCCAACCCUGUCCUGGAAGAAGAAGAGGACAAUACGGACGAUGAAGCCGAUAGAUCCUUCGACAUUAUAAAGAUUGAGCACACUAUGGCCACAACCCUGGAGGACGUUGGCAAACAGGUGUGGCGGGGGGCAUUCCUCUUGGCUGACUUCAUCCUCUCCGAGCCGCUCAUGUUCAGAGGAGCCACAGUCUUGGAGCUGGGCGCGGGGACAGGCUUAACCAGCAUCGUCACGGCAACCAUAGCCAAAAGGGUCUACUGCACAGAUGUGGGAGAGGACCUCCUCGGCAUGUGCAAGAGAAAUGUAACAUUAAACAGACACAUGCUGGAGCCUGCAGGUGGUGAUGUCAGAGUGCGACAGUUGGAUUGGCUCCAGCAGGACCUUUGUACAGAUGAUGACGUGGAGUUUGGGUGGACAGAGGAUGAAGUGGCAGACAUGUACGACAACACUAAGAUCAUCAUUGCCGCUGAUGUUUGCUACGAUGACGAUCUGACGGAUGGCUUUUUCCGAACACUGUAUCGACUCUGCAGUAACUUUCCUCGCACCUGCACAAUCUUCAUCUCCCUCGAGAAAAGGAUGAACUUCACCCUGCGACACAUGGAUGUUUCCUGCGAUGCCUACAACCAUUUCCGACACUGUCUGUCCCAGCUCCAGGCUCUGUUGGACGGACGAUGCAGCUUCAGGGUGCAGCAGCUCCCAUCUACCUGCGCACAGUUUCUCCUGUACGAACGCAUAGAGCAACUGGAGCUGUGGAAGGUAACCGCCACUCCGCUCCCAUUGGACCAAGCGCGGUCUGAUUCAGAGCCGGUUUCAUCUGGACCUGGACCGACGUCCGAGCAGAAGUGACCCCGGUUAAAAGGUCAAGAAAGCCACACCAGCUCUUACUUAAGCAGCUAUACAGUGGUGCUCAUAUGUUUAUGCACCCCUGCUUACUAACAAAGAGGAAUAAAAAAAUCUUCCUUUGGAAAUUGCUCUUAAUGCCUUAAUUACAGAAA